AUGCCGGUUUUUAUUCAUAAAUACAUCAACCGGAUCGUCAAUGUGGUGGGGGACGGUAAUUGUGGAUUCCGGGCCGUAUCAGCUUUGCUUGAUAAGGGAGAGAAUGCCCAUGAGCUUGUCCGUCAUGAUCUUAUCAAAGAAUUGGUGAACCAUAAAGACUCGUACACGCGGGUAUUUGAAGACGAAAUGAAAUUUGAAUCGGUAAACGAGGUUCUUGUUCCUUGGAGUGGCGCUUACGCACUGGUUUCGCAUUGGAUGAGAUUCUCGGACAUGGGACAUCUAAUUGCAUCCGCAUAUGAAAUCGUGUGUAUUGACUUGACGCAUUACGGUUUUUCGGAAACCUUUUUCCCGCUCCGCACGACACCUCAUACAAAUCCAAUUGAUCGUAUUAUAUGUGUUGGAUGGUUCGCCAAAUCGCGUCAUUUUGUACAAGUUUACUCGAAACUGGGAUGCACCAUACCACAUACUUCACCAGAAUGGGCACUUUAUCACACCGACGUUGCCGAUACGUGA